AUGAAAACGUUUUUUACAUUAUGUUUAUUGUGUUUUGCAAUUGGCAACAUAGAUGGAGUGCCGUUGUCUGAUUUCUAUCCUUUUGGAAAUGAAACCAGUGAUAGAAGGGCUCCAACAAACGAUGAUGGCUCAACGCAACCAAUACCGGUCAGCAGCCUGUUUCCGUUAUUUAAUUACCAACACGACUCCUUAAUUGUUAACACAAAUGGCGUAAUUUCAUUUCUGGGAACUAUGAGAACAUUUACUCCAAGUCCUUUUCCACUAGCAAGCAAACGCAGAUUGAUAGCACCGUACUGGGCUGACAUAGACACAAGAAAUGGUGGCAUCGUUUGGUAUCGUGAGACUACAAACCUUACCAUGUUAAAAAAAGCGUCAGACGAAAUACAAACAAAUUUUGCAGAACACUAUAAUUUUCACGCAGCGUGGAUGUUUAUUUCAACAUGGGAUAAUGUAGCAUUUUAUGGAGCUGAUGAAAUUGGCAAGAAAAAGAGAUGUACAUUUCAAUGCGUGUUGGUUACAAAUGGCAGACAUUCUUUCACUAUAUUUCUGUAUAACACGAUUGAAUGGACAACAGGUCGUGCCAGCGGUGGUCACAGUUCAAGUGGAUUAGGUGGAACGGCCGCACAAGUUGGAUUUGAUGCAGGUGAUGGUUUUAACUUUUAUGCUAUAGAAGCAUCGAGAAAAGCGAGUGUAAUUAAUGUGACUAGGAUGUCAAACAUAGACCAUCCAGGAAAAUUUAUUUUUCGUGUAGACACUACAAAAAUUACAAAUGGUGGCUGUAAUGUAGAAGGUACAUUGACAAUCACGCCGAGGGAAGCUACUAUGUUUGGUGGAACACAACUCAUAAUCUCAGGACCUUGUUUCAACCUAACCAAAGUAAUGACACUGGUCAUGGCAGAUGGAGAGACUGUACCUUGUCAAAAGUAUAAUGACUUUAGUGUGUCUUGUAUUUCACCUCAAAUUUACAGGACUGGAAAAGAAAUCGUUUCACUGCAUCUUACACAGGGCAGUAAUCAGACAAUGAUGUUUCAUGGAAUUUUGACAAUUGUAUGGUCUGUAUGGAUGAAUAAGCUGACAGUAAGCCCAUAUUAUUGGUCUGACAUGUUUACGGUGAAUGUGGAUAUUGAACAAAGCCAGGCAGUUUGUAACAAAAUGUUAGAUGAGGAUUCACAACUACCUACAAUAAACACGGAUGAUGUAACACCAUGUCCUUGUACACUAGAUGUUGCCAGUUUAGAUACCACUCGGUUUAGGAUAGACCCCCUCUGCCUUAAACAAGAAGGAUCUCGAUACGAAUGUACAAACCAACCAUUUGCUCAAGUUUGUUUUAAGCAAAAUGUAGCAUCAUCGCAUGGAUAUGACCAUCAAUGUUGCUAUAACGAAGUAGGCGUGUUAAUGAACCCGAAUGGAUACUAUGGAAGUGGUUACGUAAACAGAUACCAUUACCAUGGUGACGGAGAUGAUAAUAUUCCAUUCCUAUCCAACUUUGUCUUCGACACAAUAUUAUACAAACACUGUUGUAUUUAUACAUCUGAAGACAUGGGGGAGCUUAAAUCAAAUUUUGGCAGCUGUGCUUCAUUUUAUACAAGACGGCCACCAAACUCAUGUUUAAACUAUGUUCCACCAAGACCAGCUCGAGUUACGGGUGAUCCACAUUUUGUGACAUUUGAUGGUCAGGCUUAUACAUUCAACCCAGUUGGAGAAUUUUCUGCGCUUUCGAAUGGUAACUUGUCAUUACAGCUACGAAUGGAACAGAUUGGAACUUCCCAAGCUAGUUCUGUAACCUCUUUCGUCGUUCGACCAUAUCAAGAAGCAGAGAUUAUUGAGGUUCAGGUUAAUCAAAUUCGUGGUAUAGAUGUACUUGUGAACGGAACAUUAGUGGAUUUUGAUUCAGCUAUCAGCAAGGUCAUUUCUGUUGAAGGAGCCACUAUUGAAAAGAUUUCUGAUCAUCCUCCUACAGUAGUUACAAAUUGUUACACAGAAGGGCUCUCCAUUCAAUCUUCCAGUAAUUUGAAUGUUUUAAAUUUAUUGAUCCUUAUUUCUCCUGAUAGAAAAAACGGCAAUCUUACUGGUCUUUUUGGAGAUAAUGACGGUGUCAAAGACAAUGACUUUGUAUCUUACAAUAAUGAUUUGAUAAAUGCAAAUGCAUCUGCAUCUGAUAUUCAUCACACAUUUGGAUUAUCAUUUUCUCUUGGUUUGAAAGUGUGUGAAAGAAAGGCUAAAGAUACCAAUGGGACAUUCUAA